AACGCUAAGCAGGAAAACAGAGCUGUUGUUAAGCGUAAGCUAACGUUAACAUCCGAGGUUGUUAGCGUAUUGAUUUUAAGAUGUGUUGUGCCCAGUAAAGGGGACUCGUUGAAAGAAGCGAGAAGGCAUCGGGAACAUUGUGUGAAAUGCAGUUCAAGCAUGUGGUUCUCAAACUCUGGUCCGGGGAACCAUCAGCAGCCCGGAUUCCAGCGGCCUUUUUACUAAAUUGAGAUUUGACAAGUUAUAGCUGAAACAGUUAGUCGAUUAGUCAGUUGAAAAUCGAUUGGCAUUUGUUUUGAUUAAUUUAAUGCGCGUUGAUUUAAGAUUAUAUUUGGCUUUUGUACUGUAGGUUGUCCUAAAGAAGCUAUUUGGAAAUUUCACCUGGGUCUCUGGGAAAUAGUGGCCAGCAUUGUUCACUAUUUGUAUGUGAUUUUUUUGUAAGAUAAUGGAGAAAUUAUUUAACAGAUUAAUCAAUAAUGAAAAUAUGUAGCCCUGGACACUGGACACCAUAAAUAUAAGUCGUAUUCACACAAUAAUAUCGUAUCGUUUUUUGUUUUAAUAAGAUUGAGAGGUGUUGAACUUGGCACUGUCCUUGCUGCUUUCUUUUUCAAGCAGUCGGUUCUGAUCACAUGUGCCGGUCAUGUAAAUGUCAUCUGAAGUAGUGUGAGGGCUCUGCAGGGCGUCUCACUCACCUGCUGCCAAGAGGAAGAGGCAGAGGGUUGCCCAGUGUUGGAUCAGGUAGCUAUCUCCACCAGGAUUGUGUACAUCUGUCUCUCGUUGUUCUGAGUCACGCUUUCAUCAUUGAACACCAGCAACAUUCCAGCCAAGGGUUAUUAAUAAGUUAUAGAGAAGUGACGAGGUUAAACAUUAAAACAAAUAAUGAACCCCUCCCGAAAAGCCUGUGGCUUAAUUUUAAGUGUUGUGAUGGAAUGUGUGGAAUAGGUCAGAGAGCUUUAACCCAUAACACAGGAACACUUGUGAGAGGAUAUACAAAGUUGUUGCUAUUAUUGCACUAAAUAUGGACGGGUAGGGUGGAUGUCAUGACCGUGAAGGAGAUCUUUGAAGGUGUUUGUUAUUGUCAUGUUAAAAUUCAAAGACUAUCUUUGAUUCCAAGUCCUGUUCUACCAGGAUACAAAGGACAAUGAGUGAUUGUAUUAACACCGCUCUUUGAAUUUAGACUCCUAGCUUUAUUUGGUUCUGCAUAGUCGAAUGUCUGAACUCUGAAACGGUUUUGAUAAAUAGUUUAAUUUAAUAAUUUAAGUAGUUUUAAAGCCCAAUUAACAUUGAUGGUUCCAGCUUCUACAAUGUGAGAAGAUACUGCUUUACUCAAUGUUAUUAAGAGUAAUUGAGAAAAUAAUCAUCAAAUGAAGUACUGAUCCAAGAUAUUGGUUGUUCGGCCCUUCUUCGUGAUAUCUAGUACAGAUACCCAGGAUGUUGUUUGUUGAAAUUCUUUACAUACAAUUGUUCUCAACUUUAAAUGAUUCAGUAAUUGGCAAAGUAUCAUUACAUAAACCAUUGUGUGGAGUCACUGCAAAGUCACCCAGCUGACUGUUAUGUGGCCUACAAAACAAAGUCAGCUGAAACAUGAACAACAUCUAAAGUUAGCCCAACAUCUAAAGUUAGCCCAGCUGAUGACAAAUGUGACAUUAACUUUCACUCGGUAACCUUUGAUUUGGGGAAGUGUCAGCAGAAUCAAAGAAGACUGGACAUGCAAACUUUUCUGUAUGUUUUGGUGCAAUAUGUUUUGUCUUGAAAUAACAAUUGGUGUUAUUGAAUGCGUCAGGAUUGGAAUAGCAAGUAUUGUCUUGAUACUCUGCCACCUGGUCAUUGAGCAGAGGCACAUGCUGUGUUUCUUCUGUUACAGGGUCAAGGCUGGCGUGUCAUCUGCCAUGACCUUAGAGCCGUCUCGAGUUACAGUCUGUGUCCAUGGAGGCCCAAAGCUCCAGCGGGCUGCUGCUGUCCAGAAAGAGGAGAAGAGAGAGCUUCAAUCGGGAGGCCGAGGAGGGAGAGAGGCUCGGGAAAACCCCCAGAUGUACUGUGGGAUUGAAGCACCCUGCGCCUUUCGCAGAUGAGCUGGUGCCAGCUGACAAACCUUAUGAGAGGGUCAACAUGGAGGAGGCCAAGAGGGGAACGCCACCUGAGAGGCCGGUGCGGGUGUAUGCAGAUGGCAUCUUUGAUGUUUUCCACUCGGGUCACGCCAGAGCACUCAUGCAGGCUAAAUGCCUCUUCCCCAAUACACACCUCAUCGUCGGAGUGUGCAGUGAUGACCUGACCCACGAAUACAAGGGCUUCACGGUGAUGAACGAGGACGAGCGAUACGACGCCAUCAUACAUUGCCGCUAUGUUGAUGAAGUGGUGCGAAACGCCCCCUGGACGUUAUCGCCAGAGUUCCUCGCAAAACAUCGCAUUGACUUUGUGGCCCAUGACGACAUCCCAUACUCCUCGGCAGGCAGUGAUGACGUGUACCGGCACAUCAAGGAAGCUGGUAUGUUCGCUCCCACCCAGCGGACAGAGGGCAUCUCCACCUCUGACAUCAUCACACGCAUCGUCCGUGACUACGACGUGUACGUCAGGCGCAACCUGCAGAGAGGAUACACGGCGAAGGAGCUCAACGUCAGCUUCAUCAACGAGAAGAAGUACCACCUGCAGGAGCGCGUGGACAAGGUGAAGAGGAAGGUGCGUGACGUGGAGGAGAAGAGCAAAGAGUUUGUCCAGAAGGUGGAGGAGAAGAGCAUCGACCUCAUCCAGAAGUGGGAGGAGAAGUCCAGGGAGUUCAUUGGCAACUUCCUGCAGAUGUUCGGCCCUGAGGGAGCUCUGAAGCACAUGCUGAAGGAAGGGAAGGGCCGCAUGCUGCAGGCCAUCAGCCCGAGGCAGAGCCCCAACGGCAGCCCCGCCCGCGAGGAGCGCUCCCCGUCUCCCACCUUCCGCCUGCCCUUCUUCACCAAGACCUCCCCGCCCCCCCACCACAGCGGGGCCCGCGGGUACCUCAUCAGCGAGGACGACGACGAGGACGACGGAAACUAGAGCGCUUUGCGGCCCUCCCCCGCCGUCGAGCCGGUCGGCCACGAGAUGACCGAGCUGUCCAGUCACGUGGUGUUCAUCACGCUCCUGCUUCCAUGUUCCUGUUUGUUUAGGAUUUUACUUUUUUUUAAAGCUCUUUAGUGUCACGUUGACUUUAACAGGCGGUUUCUGCACGGCAUUUGCUUUUAACUGCCAACUUUGUCCUCUUUGUUUUUGUUUAAUGGUCAGUAAAAGUUACCACUAUUCAUUAGAGUUCUUUGAAACUAGUCUCUUAUCUCUUUAUUUUGACUUCAUGAGUCGCUCACUGUCACUUAGGAAUAUUGGCAGGGCUUCCAUCUGUGACGGGACUCUUUCGGCCGGCGUUGAAAUGAGGUCGUGAUUUUAGUUUUUGUCUCAUGGCUUUAGCGAGUUAGGGCUUCUGUCAUCUACAGGUGUGUGUGUCUUUGUCUUUCAGAGCAGGUCUGAGAACUGGAUAUUUAAAUGGUCUUCCCAUAUACGGCUUAUGCUAAAAAGAAACCAAGCUGACUUUUCUUUGUAAACAGAGUUUGAGCUGCACCUGAGAGUCGAGUGUCAGUCUCCUCCCACGUCUGUCUGCCGGCUUCUGGGCUCUGCGUGUUCGUGCAUGGGAUGUUUUUGCUUGCUAGCCCCGGCGUCAGCAUGUUCAUACGUCUUGUCAACCAUCCGUUGACAGAUUCAGCUUUGACUUUACUGCAUUUAGUCAUACAUUUCCUCUUCGAAGUUUGUGUCUGUUGAGAAGAAUCAGUCUUUGGAAGACGAGUUAGAACUGGACGCCUUUCUUGUGGCGUGAGAAGAAAGUUCUGCAGCAACAAACCAUUUAAAUGUUGAUGUACUACUUAUUUUUUUAUUUCCUUUCAUUCUCUGUACAGGUAAUGAUCUUAAUCGACUUUGUUUAGAGGUGCUUUGACAGUUUGAGCAAUGAAUCAACAUCAGCAAGGCCGGAGUUAUAUAAAAGUGUGUGUAACAAUAAUUACUCAAAUGCAGAUCCUGUAUCACCUGGGCCUGCAGGGAAGUAAUAAUCUUCCUCUGAUACACAUGUGAAAACAUUAGAAUGUAAUGUUUUCAUAUAUCAAAGCAGACCUGAUGAACCCCAAUUCUCAAACAUCUCUUGAAGUCAUAAGCACACUUUUCUGAAUAUGGCCUGGUAGCAGCACACGAACAGGAGAGACCAGGCCAUCCAGAACACGGGGGGCUUCGGCUGUUCUCUAGAUCUUGCAACAAUCUGCAGGACACAUCGGUUUAACCCUUGUGUUGCCUUAGGGUCAUUUUGACCCGAAUCAAUAUUACACCCUCCCCCCGCCUAUGGGUCAUUUUGACCCGAUUCAAUAUUUCACCCUCCUGUUACCUUUAUAUUUACUAACAUUUUACCCUUUGGGUUCAAUUUGACGCCAGCAAUUAAAACCUCCAGAAAAUUAGAAUUAUUGUUUUCCAAGUUUAAGUGUGAGGCACUUUAUGUUUGUUUGUUGACUACCGAAAGAACACCGACAUUAAACAUUGAAUGGGGUCAAAUUAAUCCUAAGGCGGGGGGAGGGUGUAAUAUUGAUUCGGGUCAAAAUGACCCUAAGGCAACACAAGGGUUAAAGAUGUUUUGUCAGACUGGACGGUCCCAUUUUAGAUGCAUCAGAUCAACAUUUGUUGCUACCUCCUUCCUAGAACUGAUUGUUUCCCGAGAUGAGCACAGAAUGCGCAUUAGGUUUCCUUUGACCCGCCGUGCGCCCGGCUCCCGUGUGUGAGCUCCUCUGGCCUCCAGCGGUCAACGCAUGUGCUGCGUCUCCUCGGCUACUGGACAAUUAAACUUCACAGGUGAUCUGAAGAUGUAAUGCAAUACUGUUGUGAUGACUAAUAUAACUGUUGACUGUUGGAUUGAUCUGUUCUCGGCUCGCUUUCCCAAAAAUAAUUUAUGGCUUACAUUUUUUUGCUGCAGUCACAAAGACCGCCUCCAUUCCUGUGGGCGAAAAUCUGGGUUUAAGAUUGGGAAAUGAUCAAAAGGUUUCCACUCGGCUAAUAAUUCUUACUUCUGUUAAGUUAACACAACCAGCAGUGAUUUUGGUGUUUAGCUAAGUUUGGGAACCCUCGUCUCGAUUCUUGUGGAAUCUGUUCCUUCAAAUCGGUGAACGUCUCAGUACGAGCCCAGAGUGGCCGGCCAGUAACGGCCACGACUGCAGAAGACAAAUGUAAAUGUUUUAAUCGUGUAUUUUAUGGUUUGGGGUUAUUUUGUUUAAUGUCCUGGAUGUAGAGGAAGGGCAAGACAGGAAAAAUGUAUUAAACAUGUUGGCUAAAGCAUUUGACCAAU